AUGACAAAUAUGUUCAACCUUCGAAAAAAUCACCCCUCUUCUCAUCCAACAAUCUGGACUAUCUCUCCUCAUCCUAUUCCUACUCACACCCUCUCUCAACAAUUAUCUCCAACACGCCUCAACUUUGAUGCUUUGCAAUAUGAGGGAAUACAUGACAAAAUGGAGAAGUCUAAGUUAGAUGCAAUGCAACAAAAAAUGCAUGACUUGGAGAAGAAGGUGAAUGGAGGACUAAACUCAAAACUUGUUCCUGACCUGAGUUAUAAGAAAUUAUGUCUGCACCCAGAAGUUAAAUUGCCAUCAGGAUUCAAAAUUCCAAAAUUCAACAUGUUUGAUGGGCAUGGAGACCCAAUUGCACACCUCAAGGACUUCUGCAGCAGAUUAGUUGGCUUAGAAAAUGAUGAACCUCUCCUGAUGAGGUUAUUUAUUCAAAGCUUAUCAGGAAUAGCCUUCACCUGGUACGUCAAGCAAGACUUUGACAAAUGGCUCGCAUGGGAAGACAUGGCUCGAGACUUUGUAGAGCAAUACAAGUUUAACACUAAGAAUGAUCCUACAUUAUUGGACUUGCUCGAAGUAAGGAAAUCGAGUCAUGAAUCUUUUGAGGAAUAUGUCAUACGAUGGAGAAUGGAAGCGUCCAAGAUACGUCAUUUACCGAAUGAAGAAGAGUUGGUCCAAACUCUCAUCAGAUCACUUGAUGGUAUAUACUACAAGACUCUGUACUUCGUAGGUAUUCAAAGCUUCGACAGUCUAAUUCGAAUUGGAAAGGAAUUGGAAUAUGGCAUUCAGUCUGGGAGAAUUAUUGAUGAACAAACUUCUCUACAAGUUUUGAAAAAUCCAUUGGACGAAAGAAACAAUGAUGCAUCAACCUCUAUACCUCUGAAACAAAACAAUCAGAAUACUGAACAAGUUCAUGCUAUCUUUGAUUCAUGUGACACGCGUUUCAAGCCGCGAGUAUCUCAACAUAAAGUAAGGAAACCUCGUACCUUUACUCCCUUAAUGGAAACUUUAACUAGCAUUUUUCAAAGAUUAUGGGCUAAAGGACUUUUGAAGCCAAGAGAAGGGUGGAUUCCUAAGCACUCUUCUUCAACUUUGGAUCUAUCCAAGAACUGUGCGUAUCAUUCAAAUAUUCAAGGUCACGACACCGAGGAAUGUCCAGCAUUGAAAAAUAAGAUCCAGAAUAUGAUUGAAAAUGGAAAAAUUAUAGUGCAACACGGACCACUAAACAACAGUUGUGAUCCUGUUACAGCGAAUGCAGUCAUUAUUCAAGGAGAUCCUACAAGGCUAAACUCAAGACAUUUGACAAGGAAGCGCAAAUCGCAUUAA